AUGGAUUACUUUUUGUUUGAACUAAAAUUUACUGAUCGUUUGCUCUUUCCACAAGAUGCGGAAAUUGGCGCCGGCGCAGCUUAUAUUGAAGUAGAUGCCAUGGAUUCGAUGGAAAUAGUUUGUCCUACAUAUAGCAUUCAUGAUAAUACUGACAAUUAUGAGCAGCUUAUCAUUCAUCAGGUGUCUGAUUUAUCAUUUAUGAGCUGUGAAUUGGAUAGCCGUUCGCAAGCGUUUCUCAUUUGCGACUCACCGCUAGCAACGACAUCCAUCAGUCACAAAAUUGUAUUUCGCCAAUUUUCGCCUUUACCAAAUGGCUUUGAGUAUCAGCCAGGCCGAUCAUAUUAUUUGAUUACAACAUCAAAUGGAUCCAAAGAAGGCAUGAACAAUACUCGGUUGGGACUUUGUGUUACUGCGAAUAUGAGGUUGCGUAUCGAUGUUCGGCCUUUAAGUGACCAUUUUUAUUCAGGUUCUGAAGAAGGAAUGAAUCCGAAGUCUGCAUUGGAGCCAUCGGAAGCAGAAAGAACUGAAAAAGAAGACUGGUCUCGAAAUCGUCGCGUAAAACCAUCUACAGAUGACAAAGUAAAAACAGAGCAAGAUAUUGACAGUCUAAAUAAUGAAUCACAGAAGUUCGCUGAAAAACACGGUUUUGAUUUAAUACGACUAGAAUACGUCAGGCAGUUAGCAAUAGAUGGUGUUGAGGGCGAUUUUUCGUUUCGGGAACUUGAAAAUGACUCUGUGAAGGCUUUGAUGGACUCAUCAGAGAUGACCUUUGCUAGUGGUCCGGGGCGGCCAAGACUUUCAAGUACACUUUCUGGUCGUGAAGCGUUUCAUUCAACGAGUAAGCAAGCACAGCGAUGGAUUUCGAAGGAAAUACAAAGUAGAUUCAGUGCUUCACGGGAUGUUUUUUUUGAGCAGAACAUAAGUGGCACAGAAUCUGCGAAGGAUUAUAUCGUAGAUGACAUAUCCGGUGGAGGCGCUAUAUUUCGGCAGCUAGAAACGAAAUAUAUAAUUAUCAAUGUAUUGUUAUUGUUGUUAUGGAAUUCAAGAAGGUGA